AUGGUGCUGAUGCGGCUUUUCUGCUUCCGAUUGUCCGUUCGCCUUGGCUCAAUCAUCGUUGGUGGAUGCUGUAUAUUGGAAACAAUCAUUACGAUGGUUACGCUAGUGGCAUUGGGUGGUGCACAAUUUUUCAAACAGGAAGCGCUUUAUUACGAGGAAAACAUGCAACUCUACAACCCGCACGAUGUGUUUCUGUGGCUUAUUGUGGUGUGUAAAACCAAUGCGGAGCUUUUCUACACCUCCACGAUGAUCUGCAUGGCACUGUACUUGCCGUGCUGUGGCGCAAUGAUGGCGGGAGCAUAUUUUAUGAAACAAUAUCUCCUGGGGCCGUUCGUAGUGGUGGAGCUGGCAAGAUUGAUCUGCAUCACACUGACGCACGUGAUCGGCAUGAUGGUGAUUAAGAAAUCGAUUAAUGUGGGAUACCUCAUAGCUCUCACCAUUGCCGGAGGGUUUGCUUUGUUAUUGCUGUUCUAUCUGUGGGGAUGUGUGGUAGCGUUGAUACAAAUAUUGAGGAUUGUCCGGUCGCCAGAGUAUAUAGCCGUGUUUGGCGACAAUCCGUUAGCUCCAGCGAACACCGGUGAAACGACUCCACCAGGAACGUUCGAUCACGGUACGAUGGAGUGGAAUGGAACCGGGCUUAAACCUACGCAGCGGAACCAUACCAACAAAAACCUUGAACGAUUGCCACCGACGGCCCUUUCUUCGGGCCAAUUUAAUGGACCAAACAUGCUGAUUGAUGACUUUCGUCCUCUGCACAGCCGGUACUCGUACAGCUGGGCUAUUUAG